GCAUCUCCAAUGGAUGAGUGUAAGAAUCCAGAGAUCCUGAUGGAGAACAACAUGUCUUUGAUACCCUUUGAAAGACCAGCUGUCAUAGAGAGAAUUGCCAGCAACAUGGGGAAGCGUAAGAGCUCCACCCCACAGAAGUUUGUGGGUGAGAAGCUUAUGAAGUAUGGUUAUCCAGAUUUGCACUAUGACAUGAAUCUGGCUUAUGAAAAGGAAGCAGAAUUAAUGCAGUCUCAAAUGAUGGACCAGGCCAUUAGCAACGCCAUCACCUACUUGGGAGCAGAUGCCCUAAGACCCCUAAUACAUCAUUCCACUGGCGCCAUAUCUGAGGUCCCCCCUGUUAUUGGUCCAGUUUACCCUCAGGUCUACCAUCCGAGCAGGGUGGAGAGGCCAACCAGCAGGGAAACAUCAGACAGCAAUGACAAUAACAUUGAUGGCCCUAUCUCCCUCAUCAGACCAAAGAGUCACCACCAGGAGAGAGAGGCUUCACCCAGCAACAGCUGUCUGGACACCACUGAUUCAGAAAGCAGUCAUGAUGAUCGACCGUUAUACCAAGGGAACCAUGCCUUAAACCCCAAGAGAAAGCAAAGCCCAGAGUAUACCAAGGAAGAAGGUAAAGCUCUAGAUGCCACAAAGGCCACGUUGAGCUCUUCCAAAGAUGUCUAUCGAGUCUUCAAUGGUGAAGGAGAGCAGAUCAAAGCCUUUAAAUGUGAGCACUGCCGUGUGCUUUUCUUGGAUCAUGUCAUGUAUACUAUCCACAUGGGCUGUCAUGGAUAUCGGGACCCACUAGAAUGUAAUAUUUGUGGUCACAGGAGUCAUGACCGCUAUGAAUUCUCUUCACACAUUGUC